ACAGAAAGUAAUAUAAUAUAAUUGCAAAAAUAAUUGUUUGCAUGACAAGCAGUUAUGCACUUUUUCUUAAGUGAGAUUUAAAAUGCCGAACACUUAAAAUAAUUACAUAUGUACGGUCAUUGUACGUGUACUGUAGAUUUAUUGUUUCGUCUGGUGCUUCCAUGCACCACAGCACAUGGGGUCAGUAAAACACUGACGUAGACUGAUGCCAACUGCUUUUAAGCAGACGAAGAAGAACAAGCGGGGGAAACUGAAAAAGGUUUCCGACCGGCGAUGUUUCGCUGUUACACAUAGUUGGAAAGUGCAACGCCAGGACUACAGUCAGCUGUGAUGGCCAAACUUCAGGGCUUUGAGUUUUGGAGGAAAACUCUGAAAGAAGCACGCUAUGUGGUGGCUCCCAUGGUGGACCAGAGUGAGCUGGCUUGGCGUUUGCUUAGCCGCCGACACGGUGCUCAGCUUUGCUACACCCCCAUGCUGCAUGCUCAGGUGUUUGUCCGUGACGCCAACUACAGGAGGGAAAACCUCUACAAUGAAGUUUGUGAGGAGGACAGCCCUCUUAUUGCACAGUUUUGUGCCAAUGAUCCAGAGGUGUUCCUUCAGGCAGCUUUGCUGGCUCAGGAUUAUUGUGACGCGAUUGAUCUCAACCUGGGCUGUCCACAGAUGAUCGCUAAGAGAGGACACUAUGGAGUUUUUCUACAAGAUGAAUGGGACCUGUUGGAAAAAAUGGUCAGCUUAGCCAACGAAAAGCUCAAAGUGCCAAUCACGUGCAAGAUCCGUGUGUUCAAGGAGGUUGAAAAAACAGUCCGCUAUGCCCAGAUGCUCGAGAACGCUGGAUGUCAGCUGCUGACAGUGCACGGCAGAACCAAAGACCAGAAAGGCGCCAUGACAGGUAUCGCUAGCUGGGAGCACAUAAAGGCUGUACGGCAGGCGGUAAAUAUUCCAGUAUUUGCUAACGGCAACAUCCAGCACCUCAGUGAUGUGGAGCGCUGCAUUCAGGAAACAGGCGUGCAGGGAGUGAUGAGUGCAGAGGGGAACCUCCAUAACCCAGCGCUGUUUGAAGGCCGCAGCCCCCCGGUGUGGGAAAUGGCUGAGGAGUAUCUAGAGGUGGUGAAGCGGUAUCCUCCAUGUACUCUGUCCUAUGUUCGAGCCCACCUCUUCAAGCUGUGGCAUCACACGCUGCAGAUCCACCAGGACCUGAGGGAGGAGUUGGCCAAGGUGAAGACUCUGGAGGGUUUGGCUGACGUUAGCAAACAGCUGAGGCUUCGCUGUCAGGAGGAGAUAGCCAAAGGAAAAGAUUCAGAAGAUAAAGAAAGUGGACUUCCUUUCCCCCACUGGAUCUGCCAGCCAUAUGUCAGACCAGUGCCAAAAGAGACGGUUACCAACGGUAACAGCCAGGCAUCAGUGUUGAAAAAGACGGUUUGUCAGAAGAGGGCACUGGAGGACUGUGAGUCAGCUGACACACUCUCUAAAAACAAGCAGAAGAAGAGAUCCCGCAACCCCAAAAAGAACUUCUGCCCCGAACAGAAACCCAAAUACAUCAAAUGUGAACAAUGUGGUAACCCAAAGGGAAAUAAGUGCGUCUUCAGCCUUUGUCGAGGCUGCUGUAAGAAGAAGGCUUACAAAGAAGUGGCAGACUGUCCAAGCCACGGGCUGAGGUUCAAGACCAAGGCAGAGAAACGGAAAGCAGAGGAGAAGGAGCAGGCGGAGAGAUCCACAACAGAGGUGGAGAGAAGCGACCACAUUCCUCAGCCUCUGCAGGAUUCAAGAAGGGAACUGGAGGAGCCUCGGCUGCUACUAUGAGCAGGACUGCAGCCAUCUCUGCGUGCACAAGCCACACACUCACUGGAGGGUGGAAGCAGUGCAUGCAGUAGUCGGUGCAUACUGUGUACACAGCUGCUAAGUAGUCUGUUUGGGACUGAUGGUGAAGUGUCAUCAAUCAACAGACCAAAAAAUAAAAGCUUAUUUUUAUGUAAAAGGGAUUUCUAGGUGAAUAAGCAGUCGGGGCGGGGGACUGGCAGUGGUUCAAAUAUAAUUUAUUUAUUUUUUACAUUUUUUUUAAGGACAGAUAUUCUAAAGACAUUAUUUUGCCCAAAGUUGUUGGUGAGUCUUCACAGGGAAAGAUUUAGUAACUUGUUGGUGGCAGAUGUGUUAUACACACAUGUAGAUGCUGCAUUGCUCAACUGCUGUUCACUGGAACACUGUGCCAACAUAUACAUACAUAUAUAGCUCAGGGAGAGCACGGUCUCCUUUUGCUUAUUUCUCUGUGGAGGCAGAACACAGUUAGAGUUUCUAAGUACUUGAACUGUAAAAGGAUCCUGAAGCAGUUUCGAUUGUUCAAAUGCUGCAACUGUACUUAUGGUACAAGAUGUUUAGUGUGCUUAAUUUUGUAUGUACAACUCAAGCACACAUGUUAAUGUCUGUCACGUUAAUGCUUUGAAGCAUUCUGAUAAGUUAGGACUACCUAACCCAUCAUAGGGACUGAUAAGUGUCAUUUUCAGGCUCAUAUACAUUACUUUGAUUAAAGCGUUCAUCUUCUUGUUCAAACAUGACAGAAUCCAUUUUAAUUCAGUCAGAAGUAAAAUAUAAAACCAGUUCUCACAAGUGGAACUUUACUUAUUUCUUAGUUUGACAUAUAUUUAAAAUAAGUGGCGUUUCAUACAGGAGCUGGUCAGAAGCCUUAGUAUCGCCUGAGCAAGCUCUUCUGACAUGACUGGAUGCAGCAUCUACCUGUCUAUAUGUGUUUAAUUAAAGUCAUAAAUGUGGUUACGUUCUUUAUUUUGCAUUAAGAUUAGCCAUAGUGCACUGUGUGCCUUUUGAAUGAAAUCACUGUCUGUCCAGAACUUGAGCAUAAAGGACACAAUUCAGCGCUCCCUCUGCUGCUGAGUAAAACAUGCUCUUGUGUAUACAGGGUAAUAAGGUACAAUGGACAUCAAAGAGGAUGUGUGUUUUGUGGUAGUUGGCCCCACACUGUCAAAGGUUGGGGGCAACUGUAAAUUUGGCAACACAGAUGAACAAAUAUAUAGAUUUUUAUCUGUAAUGGACGGAGCUAUAAUGAAAUCACCCUCUGGUUUCUGGACUCUGAAUUUUUGAAAAUACAUUUUAAUUCUUCCCAUUGUAAUUUUUAAAAAGUCCUUUUGGGUGGAAGAGUUAAGUUGUGAACUAGCUCUGCUUAGUUUGGUUAGCAAGCGUCAUCCACAUGCAUAUGGCUCUCACACAAACCUGCUAAUAAGGGACAAAGUAAAGAAGUCAUAAAUUGCACUCGUCAGCCUUUAGCACAAACUUCUUGGACUAAUGCCAUUUAAAAAUGCUUCAAAAGGUGCAAAACUCACAAAAAUGCUAAAUCCAGGUAACUCGGAUUAACAGGACUCCUGUUCAACAUUGUGGUAAAGUCCCUAAUGUUAAGUCUUAGAGGUGUUCAGAUUCAGAGAAAAAAUCUAUUGACACUACAACAAAGGUCCAAACCAUUUUUACAGCAGACAGUAAAUGCACUUUUAAUAUUGUAAAGCAUUUUAGCAAAGUGUUUGGUGACUGACAGCCUCAAGUGGCGAAUCCAGGAACUGCAGUUUUUGCUUCACGUUUUCAGGUUGCUGUUUGGGUGGCAUUGAUGUCUUUGUCUCCUUGGUAACUAGCUUGUUUACUAACAGGACCACCUAAGCAA